CAUAUUAGUGAAUCUGAUCUUAAAGCCGCUGAAGGUAUCUUUACGUGACAGAAAAAUUAUUUGAAAAAUGUGGAGAAACUUGGCGAUCAGUUGUAUAUGUUGCGCAGUUUUAACUCUGGUCUGGGGGAAAGCCUUAUUGAGAUCUAAACGAUGGGAAGAAUUUCCUGACGUGGAAUUCACGUUUGAUUGUAGCAAUCGUCCUAUUGGAUUUUACGCAGAUUUGGAAUUCGAAUGCAAAAUAUUCCACAUGUGUGAUGCAUACGGCCGAAGAGUACCUCAUAUAUGCCCCAAUGACACUAUGUUUAAUCAACAAUACAGAGUAUGCGAUUGGAAUCACAAAGUGAAUUGUAAAGAUGCACCAAAUUUUUACCAUCUAAACGAUCUUAUUUACGAAGCACCCCCUCCAAAAGAUGACAGACCAUAGUGUGAUCGUGACACCUAAUUUUGUCCGUCCUGAGUGGGCGCCAUUACAAAUUUCUGUACAAAAUAUGUGAGAAUGUAAAAGACUGUAUGACGUACCGAAAAAAAAUAUAUAUUAUUAUAUAAAUAUUUCAUGUUUUUUUUUUUGAAUAAGUAAUAAUUUGUCGGUAAUUUAAACGUGUUAAUUCGUACAUCACAAGUGGCUGUGUAUAAUGAAAAACGGUUGAUAUAAAAGAUAAAUUAGUUAAAAAUUAGUUUUGUUCGCAAUUUUAAUGGGAAUGAUAACGACAAAUAAAUCGUAUUUUAAUUAAUAAAUAACA